AUGGGGGAAGUAGCCUGUUUUGCCGUUGUUAAUGUUCCGGAGGUGAUUGGAGUCAGCGAGGAGGAAGCCAGCGUACUGGUUGAGACCAUCCUCGUAGUCGGAUCUUUCGAUGGAGCCUCAGAAGUUGUCGACGUCGCAGAAGUUGUGAUCAGGCUGCUCGCCGAACUUGAAGAACUUGGUGCCGGUGUCGCCGUGCUUUCAAAGAUUCUACUGCUGCCCGCAGGAUUUGUGGCAGAUGCAUCUUCGGUUGAAGAGCUGAUUGAAGCCGUGCUCCGGGAAUUCUUGAUGCUCGACCCCUCCGUGGAUGCCGGGUUCGUGGUUGUAAAACUUUGGCUGGUUAGCGCAGUUGGGGUUUGUGGGAUUGUGCUGCUACUUUCCAUCGUGGAAGUGAAGAGCUUGCCGGUGCUGAAGGCUGCUGGCUCAAAGGUCGUUGUCGGUGUUGCAGUGCCCGAAGAUGACAUUCCACUAAUCGUGCCUUCUGUGCUGUUCACCGUCGUGUACUCCGAGCUUUCCAUCGAAGUACUGCCGUACUGCGUGGACGUCGAAGUGCUCUCAGUGCUUGACGAACUUAUCCCAGAUGUCACGACCUCGAUCGUAGGCGUAUCAAAAGAAGUUACCGGCUUCCGCGUUGACCGCGGCGAAAAAAGACUUGUGGAAUCUGUGGGUUCGGUCGCGGAUGUGACGUUAGUAUCUGGUGCAGCACUACCGGUGGUGCGAGACGUGUCAGAACUGAUGCUCGUAAUAGGUUCCGCACUUGGGGUGAUCGUUGUCGUUAUUGACGAGGACUGCAGCAGUGUGCUGCCUUCUGUUAUCGGUUUCGUGGCCGCGGUCGAAAACACUGGUUCUUCGCUGCUUGUGGUCAUGGAUGAUGGAAUCGCAUCUGAUGAAGUAGUGAAUACACUCGCCGAUGCUGCAGUUUCUGCCAACGUUGCAGUCGAUCCUAACGGACUCGUCGUGCCUUUCACAGCUUCCGUAGAAGACGUUUCGGGUGAUGUAGUCGUCUCAGCCCAGAAAGUAGUUGACCAACUUGACGAAAGCAUCUUGGUGACAGCUGUUGAUAUUGCAAUUGAUACGAGUGUUGAAGCCGGCGUAGCCGUUUUUGAGGAUGCCGACGUAGUUGUAAGGGCGGGUUCCAAUGUACUUGUUUUAGAUGUGGAACUCGAGAUGCUUGUACUCGGAGGAAACGAGGCACUUGUGCCUUUGGAAGGCUUUGGUGUCCAGAUACUGUUGGUGGUCGAGAUUGUCUCCUUUGUCGUUGGUCGGGAAGUGGCUUGCGAAGGGCGUAAUGUGGUAGGAUGCAUUGUUACGUCAGAUGAGGUUCCCAGGCCCAUAGUCGUCGGCUUAGUAGUAAUUACUUUCUCGGUGGUAGGAGCUGAUGUGGCGGUGGUUGAAGGCGUGGAGGUCGAGGUAGGUGGAGUCGUUGGCGACGUGUGGAGACUUGUGGACGUAACCAUGGUAUUUGCACUGGUGUGGCUUGAGGAUGGUGCAUCGCUCGUGGAACUCAUCAUCGUAGAGGGCGAAGGGUUACUCAUAGAGGUCGUCGCUCCGGCUUCCGUGGGCUGUGUGGUGGAGAGUGUAGAUAUUGUGCUUGGAAUUUCUGAAGUCGCCGUGCGGCUGCGACUGCUAAAGCUUGAAGACGGGGUCUCGGUAGCGAAUGGCAAGGUUGAAUAUCUC